GACGACGACUCUUAUAGCCAAACAGUAACCCACUUUAGAUAUAAGAUUUUUCAGUUAGAAUUUAGUAGUAAUUCAAAUAGAAAACCAGUUGCGUCACUUCACACAGUUUUUUUAUAAUUUUUGCGCAGCCCAGAACAUUUGUCUUCGUAGUAAGAUGAACAUUAGAGACGAAGUAACCACUGUACACAAUGAGUAAAGAAGAAGUAAGUGGAUGUCCUGUAGAUCAUACAACAAGGGAAGCAUGGAUACAACGUAGUUCAGGUAAAAAUAUUCCUGUAGAUCAUCCAAAAAUUGAAAAUAUAGUAGAAGGAGAACAAGCUAAAUGUCCAGUAGAUCAUUCAGCUAGAGAAGCUUGGGUUAGUAAAGUAUCAGUAUCAGCAUCAGCAUCCAAUAUUCCAGAAGCUAUUGAAGUUGAUAAAUCAUGUUCAUCGGAUAAAUUAAUUAAUACAUUUGAAGAUACAACUACCACCAAUAUAAAUCUUCCUACUGAAAGAGAUAUAAGUUCUAUACCUAGAACAUCUUCAAAUUCUAACUGGAUAUAUCCAUCUCAAAAGCAAUUUUAUGAGGCCAUGAAACGGAAAAACUGGAAUCCAACAGCUGAUGAUAUGAAAACAGUUGUACCGAUUCAUAAUGCUGUUAAUGAAAGAGCGUGGUAUCAUAUUUUACAAUGGGAACAACCAUUAAAUGAAAAAACUGUGAAAGAAUGUGGUGGAGUAACCUUAACAAGUUUUAAAGGAGAUCUGAAGAAGUUAACUCCUAGAGCUUGGUUUAACUCAACCUUUUUAGGUUAUGAGAAACCAUUUGAUAGACAUGAUUGGACAAUAAGCAGAUGCGGAACAGACGUUCAAUACGUUAUUGACUUUUAUGGAGGUGCUGGACAAGGUACUGGAGUAUUUCUUGAUGUUAGACCCAAAAUAAAUACAUGGGAAGGGUUUAAAUUAAGAAUUUUCAGAGCAUUAAAUUGGAAUUAACUAACUUCAUUUGGUUUUAAUACUUGUACAUAGAUUAAAAUAGACAUUAGCAAUAAAAAUUUGUUUAAUUUAUAUUUAGAUGAUAUGAAUAAUAAAUAUAUACAGUUAAAUAAGGAUGCUCA